AUGGAGGUAAAACGAAGGGAAUUUCUGGAUGCUAAGAUAAAAGAACUUAAAGGUAAGUUAAAUUCUUGUUUCUCUAAAAUUUUUGGUGUUUCAGCCAGUGUUGACAAAGCCGUUCCAUUUGAAGACAAGCUUUACAACCAGCCCAGGCUCAGCGACUUAGUAGUCAGUGUGGGAGAGCAGAAGUUUUAUGUAGGUUUUUUCCUCAUAGCAUAAGAAAAAAUUUUAGGUCAGUAAACAUCAAUUGGCCAAGAAAUCUCCGGUCUUUGAAACCAUGUUUCUUUCCGACUUCAAAGAAGCCAAAGAAGGCGUGUUGAACCUUCACGAUGAAGACCCUGAGGCAGUGGAGGCGAUGCUGAAGCACAUCUACAUGAACACAAAAAUUAAAGACUUCGAAUUAGCAAGGCGUGUUGUUCCGCUAGCGCAUCGAUAUGAACUACUGGCCUUAAAGGUGAGAGUUCAAUCUCUUCGAUUUUUUCGACAAGAAUUUUUCAUUUCCUUGGCGCCAUUUUUACAAGAUUCCUUUCAGGACGAGUGUGAGCUAAUCCUCCUCGAAAAAGUGACAUUCAAAAGUGCCAUAGAGGUUUUGUACUUGGCCAACCAGCUCGAUCUGAAGUUGCUGUUCAUUAAAAGCUCUCAGGUCCUCUACUUUGAAUCUAAUCUUAAUAACACUGAAGGCACCAAUCAGACUGAUGACAAGGAAAUAGAACAUUUAUGCAAGUGUCUCUCAACACCAUCCGGUAUUUCAACUUUCCCCCGAUACAUCGAUUUUUAUGGAAGAAAAGUUGCCAAACUUAGAGUCAUAAACAACAAUAGACACGAAAUUUAUUUCACCGAUACCUCCGAGCUUUCAAAUUCUUUCUACACGGUGGAGUGCAGUAUCCCGGCGAAACCAGUGCUUCACCAAAAUUACCACCAUGUUUGUUCUGAGGCAUACUUCUCUCUUACAAUUAGAAGGACUGAGAAACAGAGUGAUGAAAAGUCUGGUUUGCUGGCUUGGGGUUUCUACAAAAACAAACGCUACAACCUUUUAGAGAUUCCGAUUGUAUAUCACUAAAAUUCGCCGUUAAAUAAAGCAAGUAUUUCUUGGUUUGGCAUGUGGAAAUAUAUGAAUUUGUAUCAAUCAAAACGAUAGCUUUUCCUGUCUUGUAAUAGUGAAUCAAUGGCGCCAAAAGGUUCGGGCGCAGCUCGGGAAAACUUCGAAACUAUGAAAAAUCCAAACCCCAAGAUUUAAAGCAUGGUGGAUACCGAAGAACCUCCCGUUCGAGCUCUUGGAGUGCGAUUUUUGAAGAUACAUCAAAAAUGCUGAUAUUGAGGGACUCGUAUUUCCCGAUUCAGAAAUGGUACCGAUACAAAUAAUAGCUUAAAAGAGAGUUUUUUACAACUCGAAGGAUGGCCCGGACAUUUCGAAAAAACGACCGACCCAGAAUCUUUUGAUAUUUUGCAUAGUUGUUGUACCAUGAUAGCUGAACGUCAGCACGAAUUUUUAGUUUAAGAAAUUACCGUAUACGGGGGUUACGGUAGGUACAAUUUUUAGAAAGAUUGGGUUCGUAUGUAAAAACCUCAAGGAGUAAAGGCACAAAACCUCGCCGUUUUACGUUUUUGACCAUGGGGAACAUUUUCAUUAUUGACAACUUUGCCGUAGGAUGUUGCCUUCGACUAUUUUGAAAAAUACCAAGAUACCAUAUUGAAUGUAACUUUUUUGCAGAGAACUUGUCUCAACUUUUGAAACCUCUUAAAAACACUUUGACAUGUAUGUAACAACAUAUCAAAAAUGCGCGAAAAUAAAAGGGGGGGGGGGGUUUUGGAGUUACGGUACUUUGAAUGUUUCCGGUACGCACGUCAAUCCAAGAUAGAAGAAAAAAUUUCCCGCCCCUUUUUGGUGAUUCGUUCAAAACGAAAUGAUAAAAAGCAUUUUCUUAUCUUUGGCCUCCAUAUUAGUUAUACCGAUCUCCUUUUGUUUGAUGAUCUCCUAGAUGUUAUUGUUGUUAUUUAUAGCGAAACAUAUCAGUAUUUUGUUGCCUAUGGGAAGAUAAAAAUGCCCAAUUGAUUUGGAAAUCGAUUUUAGUUUGAAGACAACAGCCGAGGACGUCUGCUCUAUGGAGUAGUGGGGGGACUCUAGGUGACUUUAGGGAAAAUAACAACUAUUUUGGAGCUUUUAGGUACUUUUUGGGACUUUUGGGUCAAUUCAUAAAAUUAUUUUGGGUUUACUUCUAAAUUAUUAGGGCUUCUCAUUUACUUUAGGGCUAGGGGGCUUCUACCUUAUCAUUUAAUCUCUUUUUAUUUUCAGGUUCUGAUGUCGGGACGCCAACACACAUGAGGGGGGCGAGUAGGACCAGACACACCCACCAAGAUCCACCAACCAUUUCCCGUGCAAUCCCGCAGCCAUUCAGCCCGAAACAUCCAAACCCCGACUACGUCCCGCCACGAAAACGCUACGCUGCAUUGGCAUUCCGCACCGACUGGUCAUUGGGACGUGACUUUGGGAAUAAUCAUUCAUAUUCUUUUGGUUUCCAGGAGGCAGACGGUUGA